AUGCUUAUGAGGAGAAAGUGGAUCGGAAAAUUGAUGGAUGGAUGGAAAGUUCGAGUGGUAUCAGUGCUCAGUUUCGGUGAGGAACAUUUUUUUUUUUUUUAAAUCCCGGUUUGGGACCGGCAGUGGCUCGGUAUUGGGGCGGUGGCCGGAAAUCCGGCGGCGUCUGUGUGAAAGGCAGCUUGUGCCACGACACCACCAGAGACUGCAACCAAAUUUAAGAACCGUUUUGUCUCUGUUAUUUUUCCUCAAGUAAAGGCGUUGAAGCAAUCCGGUUUUUGCCACCUCUGCUGAUGUCACAGAUACUCGGAUAAACAAGUCGAUAAUCCCGGAGGAGGGCAGUGAUGUCACCCAUUUAUCCUCGGCGACUGCAUUAAAAGCAGGAUGCGGGGAGACCCUCCUCCAUUCCUCACGCUCCCUCACCCCGUUCGCGAUCCGCUUCGAUGGUCGCGUCUGAUUGCGCCGCGUGUGUCAAUGUCAAAAUGUCAAACGAGUCUGCGGGCGCCACGGCCUACGUGAGCCUGGACACGUUUGUCAUCCCGCUGGGUGGCAAGUACCCCAUCUUCUUCGUGGGCAUCUUCGUCUACUUGUUCUGCGUCUUGUGCAACGUGACGCUGCUGGCGGCGAUCGUGCUGCACCGCAACCUGCACAAGCCCGUCUACUUCAUCCUGCUCAGCCUGCCGCUCAACGACCUGAUGGGCAUCACGGCCAUGCUGCCCAAAGUCCUGUCGGGCAUCGUCGCCGAGAGCAACCGCAUGCCGUACCCGCUGUGCGUCCUCCAGGCCUUCCUGCUGCACCUGUACGGCGGCGGCAUCCUCUUCAUCCUGGCCGCCAUGGCCUUUGACCGCUACGUGGCCAUCUGCAUGCCGCUGCGCUACGGCGCCGUCAUGACCCCCAGGGUGGUGGGCGGCGUCGUCGCUUUGGUGUGGACUCUGGACUUGGUCCUGAUCACGGCGCUCUUCUCCUUGCAGACCGGGCUGUCGCGCUGCCGCUCGGACGUCGCCAACGUGUUCUGCGACAACCCCUCACUGCUUAAGCUCAUGUGCGGCGACACGUCCGUCAACAACAUCGUCGGGCUGGUCAACACGGCCGUCAUGCAGGCGGUCAGCGUGUCCGUCCAGGCCUUUUCCUACGUCAAGAUCUUGAUCACGUGCGUGGCGACCAGGCGCACCGAGCCCAAGAAGAAGGCGGUCAAUACCUGCGUGGCUCAGCUGGUCAUCCUGAUCAUCUUCGAGAUCGUGGGCACGUUCACCAUCCUGUCGCACAGGUUCCAAAAUGUGUCCGGUGACUUGCAAAAGGCGAUGGGCGUGUUGAUAUUUCUCAUCUCGCCUCUCCUGAACCCCCUGGUCUACGGGCUGUACACCAGUGAAAUACGAAACACUAUGCUCAGGGUUUUGAAAAAACGAGUCUUUGUCUAAAACGUCAUUUGGAGGGUCGGGAUAUGGGGCAUUGCCGUCAAAUGUAACCCGAACGAGUGAAAUUGAAUAUGACCUGCUCUUAACGUUUGAAUGCCUGCGGCACAACGCGUCAGCUUUCAGCACGCGACCUCUUCCGUCUCGAACAAGGAGUUGAGCCACAAAACUUGCACUGCAACUUGCCGCGACGCUCUCAACCGAGUGGCUAAG